UCCAUAUAAAUAAUGAUGAUGGUACUUCUAAACAUUGCAAAACAGAAUUUAAACCCAAAACAUCAACAACAAGUAUAGCUGCAUAUUUAUACACUAAACACCAAAUUUUUAAAGUAAAAAAAUGGGAAACACAACCAUCUACAUCAUCAACCACUCAACUAACGAUCGAUACAAUAUUCCAAAACCAAGCAGAAAACACCACUCCUCUUUCUGAAAAUCAACAAAUUCGUAUUUCAUAUCGGUUAGUCGUCUGGAUAGUGGAAUCAAUGAUGCCUUUAGAUUGUAUAAAUGAUGACCGGUUUCAGGAUUUUUGUUAUGAGAUUAAUAGACGGUUUGAG